CUCUAAAAUCAUGGCUAGAAUUCCUUCUUCUUAUUCUUUGCUCGGUUUCUUCUUUGUUCUGGCAAUUUCAUCUCUCUCUCAGUUGUCAAUAGCGGAUUAUGUAUACUGUGGAAAACAAGAUGAUCCGUAUUGCCCUGGUAAAGGUUGUCAAGCUCCAGUUUUUGCCUCCCCUGAUCAUGGUAGUGACUGCACGACAUGUAGCGACAGAUGCAAAGGGGAUUACCAUGAUGCCUAUAGAGGAUCCUUUUGUUACAUCAGUCCGCAAGAUGCUUUUAAUCGUUACUGCCUUUGCUGCGUUCAUUAUAUGCAAGAUGAUGCGAUAUAUGUACCACCAACAACGGCACCAGCACCAGGAGAACUUGCUCCACAAACUCCUCCUUAUGUGGCACCUCCACCUCCUCAUGCUGAAUCUCCGCCGCCUCCACAAGUUACCCCAGUCUUUACAUUAAAUCAAGAUCCGGCCGUUUCUUGCGACAAGGGAUAUACAGUUACUACCCCUGUUGGUGACUGCUCUGAAUGUAACGAAAAAUGUAAAUCAGGAUCAUUCAAGGAUGACCUUGAAGGAGUUUUUUGUUACGACAAAAGUGCAGGAAAACCUUUCUGCAAUUGCUGCAUCCGUUAUGUGGAAGGUGAUGUGAUGCAGGCACCAACAGCGCCACCAAUGCCGACUCCAAUGGUCCCACCAGUAGUGACAGCGCCACCAAUGCCGACACCAAUGGUCCCACGAGUAGUGACGCCGACACCACCGACGGAAGAUCCACAAACUCCUGGAUGUUAUGUGCCGGCGACUCCACCUCCUGUUUAUCCACCUGCUCUUGUUUAUCCACCUGAUAUUAAACCUGUUGCGUCUCCACCAACUCCUGUUCCCGGUGCCAAAGAACAUAAAGGAAAGAAUCAUCAUCCUAACAUCCAUCCGAAAUCAAAAGAUCAUCAUCGUAAGAUCCAUCGCAAAUCACCUAAAGCUGUGGCGCCAAUUGCUUCUCCCCAACCGGAAAAACAUCAAAAGGGAAAUAAAGGACAUUAAUCUGUCCAUCAAAAGUUGGUGACUUACCACAUCUAAUUAACUAUCUAGUACUAAAAUAAGACCCACAAUGUAAUUCUUGUGUUCCAUUAUGAAAAUUUUAAGUUGCAUGGGCUACCAAGCUAAACAUCUAUAUUCCAUUGCUA